AUUUAUAAUCCAAGCAUUUGGAGAAUAAUAAUCUGUGGGUUUUCUAUUCUCACUCAAAUGUUCAUUUACUGCUUUUAUGGCGAAAAAAUAAUGAGAAAGAGCAUGGCUAUUGCAGACGAAAUUUACCAGAUAGAUUGGGUCCAUUUAACAAUUAAAACCCAAAAAAGUCUUUAUCAAAUAAUAAUACGCGCUAGGAGACCCAUAAAGUUGACUGGCUUAUCACUUUUCACCAUGAAAAUAGAAACAUUUGGCAAAAUAGUGAAGUCGGCUUAUUCUGCUUACAAUUUAUUAAAAUCUACUUGAGAGCUAACACAAUCUCGCAAAAAAGAAAGAAUAAAUUCAUGAGUGGAUUGACAGUGACCAAGAAACGGCAAAAUGGUGAAUUUAGAUACAUACUUAUUUAC